AUGGCUGCAAGACUUUGCACCAUUAUAUUUUGGCACCAACAAGUACAAUUACCAGCAGAUAGAAAAUCAGGACAUCCAAGUAAAGGUGAAGGAUGCGACUUUAUCCUUGAGUCUAGAAACAAAAUGACAAAAAAAUGGCUACCUCCAGGCGCGCCUAAAGAGAAGCACUGGAACCAAGCGUGUAGAAAUCUUGACAAACUAGAAAAGAUUAGACAAAAUCUGUACUCCAUUUUCAAUAUUGAGGAGGUAGAAGAAGAUUUAUACCACACAAAUUUGGAGAAAGAAAUCAAGAACUGGAGAAUAAACAUUAGAGACUGUGAAUAUUUCUCGACCCCCUUCCAGAAGAGACCACCAUCUAAUUUGUCAGGCAGAAAUCUAGAUCCCGAUUUGGCAAAUUUUUCAACAAAAUGCAAGAACAACUUAAUCUUAUUUUUGAAAGAAUGUGCAAAAUCUAAUUCCGUGCAGCUGUGCAAAUUUUUAGAACCCAUAUUCAUCCUAUCCGAAGACAGAAAAAGUUAUAACAACAUCGAAAAUAAAACCAAAGUAGAAAUAAUAAACGCGGUGCAGUCUGAGAUGCAGAAAUUGAAAGAAUUGGAUUUUGACAUGGCUGAUGAGAAGUCCAAGGAGUGGGCAAAAAUAAAAACGGAGAAAAAAGCCAUGCUUCUUAAAUUUUAUAAAGAACUGGUACAGCUUAUAGAGGAAAUUGAAGAUCGCGAGGAAGAGGAAGAAGAAUCAUAA